GUCAUGGAUCUUGCCUACGACCACAUCCAGGAGGAUGCCUAUGCCAAAAAGGAACAGCCCGAUGCCAAAGAUGGCUCCAAGCCGGAAGAGAGCCACUCUACUCUGAACGAUGACUUCCAGGAAGCUUACAAGGCCUUCUCCAACAGCCCAUGGGGUGCCAAGCUUGGUGGGUUCUUUGGUAAUGUGGUUAAGCAGGGAGGAGAAGUCGUCACCCAAGCUCAGAAGGAGCUGGCCGAAGUGGGUGAGGAUGCAACCAAGGGGCUUACCGACCUUCGAGCAUCGCUGAUUAGCCAUACUCGAAAUCUUUCCCUGACCGUCCCGGCGGUUGUUGCCGGAAGCUCCAAGGACGCAGAGGAUGGAGGGACGACACCAACAGCGACCAGAGGAGGAGAUAGCAUGGCAGAAGGUUCCCAGGAGUCCGAAACCGUGCUCUCCCGACUUCGCGCCGAAGCUGCGAAGCGACUCAAAGACAUACAGAAGGCCGAGGAUGCCGCAGACGAGGCCCUCCUCCGCUUUGGCAGCAAUGUCCGAAACUAUCUCCGCGACGCAGUCAGCGUAUCCGCACCAGACGCAAACGACCAGAGCGGGACGGUGCUCUUUGAGAGCAAGGAUGCACAGGGCAAGAGGGUGAUCCACGCCUCAAGAUUCGAUGCUCAACUGCAUGUGAUACACACUACGACGGAGAGCUUCAACAAGGACCCGAGCGGUUCUGAAUAUGAUUUAUGGACAAAGGAGUUUGACGUCGACAAGAAGACGCCCGACAUCAACACGGAUUUGCAGAAAUACCCUGACUUGCGAGCUACCAUGGAGAAGCUGGUUCCCGAUCAAAUUCCCUACGCCGAUUUCUGGAAGCGCUACUACUUCCUUCGUCAUGGCAUUGAGACGGCCGAUGCUAGGCGACGAGAUCUCCUCAAAGCCGCCUCCGCCGAGGAUGAUGUUAAAUGGGAUGAUGAUGAUUCCGACGAAGAGGCUGACGAAGAGGCUGACGAAGAGUCCGACGAGGAGGAGUCCGACGAAGACGAUUCCGAUGAAGAAGAGUCCGACGACGAGUCCGACGGUAAACCUGCCGCCACCCCCGCUCCCGCUCCCGCUGCCGCUCCCCCUGCUGUUGUCAAGACCGCUUCCGCGGCAUCGUCGACUACCAUCCACCCCCCAGCCAAGAACCUCUUGAAGCCAGCCGAAUCGCGAAAGUCCAACGAUGAGAAGUCCCAGGCCGAUAGCGAAGCUAGCUACGAUGUCGUUGGCGCAACAUCGGGCAAGACGACCCAAACCCCCAACAGCCCUAAGGACUCGAAGAAGGACGAGGAAGAUGACAGUGAUGAUGACAGCGACGCUGACUGGGAAUAGAGCCUGGGGGAACCUUGAAGGGAGGUUGAAUGGAGCAUUGUAUAUGUGAGAUGAUGGGAGAGUGUCGUUCGUCCGGCUGGUCGGCGUUCGGUAUAGUGACACCCAAAGUGGCAGUUUGAAAUAGCCACG